UAGUAAUAUAUUCCUUGCUGAAGCAGACAGUCACAUGCCAUUAACGUGAUGGAUUUUAUACAAUGGCUAGUUAACAUAAAAGGGGUUUGGUUUAUUUUCUGUCUGCAGGAGUUUUGCAGAAUGUCAUGAUGUGAUACCACCAGAACCAUUUUUCAAAGGCUGUGUUUUUGAUGGAUGUCGCAUAGCAAAUGAAUCCAUGCAGUGUUCCAGUUUGGAGAUGUAUGCUACAGAGUGUGCUGCUAGAGGUGUCUGCAUUGAUUGGAGAGGAAAGACUAACAAUACAUGCCCAUACAACUGCCCAGCAAGCACAGUAUACAAGGCAUGUGGGCCCAUUAAUCCUGUUACCUGUGACCCACGCUCUGUUGAGCUUCCUGGCUAUGGGGUGACUGAAGGAUGUUUCUGUCCUGAAGGGAAGACACUCAUAAGUGAAGAAAACAACACCUGUGUCUCUGAAUGCUCUUGUAGGGAAGCAAAUGGAGUAUCCAGAUGGCCAGGAGAAAAAUGGACACAAGAUUGCCAGGAAUGUGUCUGUGACAAAAAUACUCUUAAAGUGCAUUGUACAAAGCACAAAUGUUCUCUGACACAGCAAGUAUUUUGUGAUGAACCAGGUUACAUGCCUGUUCAGGUACAGAUACCAGAAGAUCCAUGCUGUAGCAGGACUGAGUGCUACUGCAACACUAGUCUCUGCCCUGAAGUCACACCCCAGUGCUUAGAGGGACAGGAAGUAGUCACAGUAAUGCAGCCUGGAAAAUGCUGUGCUACCUUUGAAUGCAGUAAGUUCUAUGUACCUUCCUCAUGUGUUAUUCACAGCUAUAUUUUUCUAAGUUUAUGAAUACAAAGAUCUUAAAAAAGAAAGAUGCAAAUUAUUUGUGUUAU